AUAACAAGUUGGAUGACCAUUGUCAACCUGCCAGAUGGUUGCAAGCAAACAUUUCAUUCAGAGACGAGCCGUCGACGGGACCACAACUGGAGUUGGACACAGGAAGGACAUUUACUCAUUAAGUCAUUAAUAAUUCACAGCAAUGGCAGCGAAUAACAGCUACGAACGUCCGGCCGAUUUCAUAGAUCCUGGCCAGCCUUCGAGAUGCACAUGGCAUCUGGGCACCAAGGAGCAGACGCCCCAUACGCAACCUGGCAUUGCACAUCCCCAAAAGAUUACCCCGGAUAUCCUGCAGGCGAUUGGAUGCACGCCUCUGGUCAGGCUCAAUAACAUACCUGCCAAGGAGGGCAUUCAGUGCGAAAUGUAUGCCAAGUGUGAGUUCAUGAAUCCGGGUGGUUCAGUGAAAGAUCGAAUCAGCUAUCGUAUGAUACAGGAUGCGGAGGAUAAAGGAUUACUGAAGCCGGGCUACACUAUCAUUGAGCCGACAUCUGGAAACACAGGCAUUGGACUGGCUAUGGCCUGUGCUGUCAAAGGAUACAAGUGCAUCAUUGUAAUGCCCGAAAGGAUGUCCAAUGAGAGGGUCUAUGCGCUGCAUGCACUGGGUGCUAAAAUUAUCCGUACUCCCAAUGAGGCACCUUUCGACUCGGCUGAGGGUGUCCACUACGUGGCACAGCAGCUACAACGUGAAACACCCAACUCGAUUGUUCUAGAUCAAUUUCGUAACGCCGGCAACCCAUUAGCGCAUUAUGAUGGUACUGCUGCUGAGAUUCUGUGGCAACUGGACAAUAAGGUGGACAUGAUUGUGGUUUCCACUGGUACGGUGGGCACCAUCAGUGGCAUUGGACGGAAGAUCAAGGAGCAGGCUCCUGAUUGUCGCAUUGUGGGCGUCGAUCCAUAUGGCUCUGUGUUAGCACGUCCCAUGGAGAUCAACAAGACGGAUGUGCUGUCCUAUGAAGUCGAGGGCAUUGGCUAUAAGUUUCCACCAACCGUUUAUGAUGGAACUGUUAUCGAUGAAUGGGCGAAGGUCUAUGAUGUCGACAUCUUUCCAAUGAGUCGUCGUCUGAUUGCCGAGGAGGGUCUGCUCUGCGGUGGUUCCAGCGGAGGUGCUAUGCAUGCAGCCCUAAAGUAUGCACGUUCUUUGAAGGCAGGACAGCGCUGUGUAGUUAUCCUGCCCGAUGGCAUUCGUAACUAUAUGACCAGAUUUGUAUCCGAUAACUGGAUGGAGGCACGUGGCUUCAAGGAGAUCGUUAACGAGCAUCGUCACUGGUGGUGGAGUGUACCCAUUGCAAAAUUACAGCUGCCCAGUCCAGUUGCCAUUCUUCAGUCCAACACAAGUGUUGGAGAUGCCAUCGCACUCAUGAAGAAGCACCGCGUGGAGCAGCUGCCCAUGGUGGACCAACAUAAUGGAACCGUUUUGGGUGUCGUGGGUCAAGAGACUCUCAUCAAUCAGAUUGUCAGCAUGAAUCGUAAGUUGGAUGAGCCGGCCUUAAAGGCCAUUAACAAGCGAGUCAUCCGUCUGCCUGAGACUGAGAUCCUGGGCAAGCUGGCACGUGUGCUGGAGGUGGAUCCCAGUGUGCUUAUUGUUGGAAAGGACGCUGAUGAUAAGGAGACUGUCCUGGCAGUGGCCACCAAGCUGGAUGUCACCUCGUAUAUUGCCUCUGGCGCUGGCGCCAAGCAAAAUGGCAAUGGAUGCGUUGAUCAUUAGAAUGCUCUCGAGAAAGAUUUGAAGUCCCAUAAAACAUAGCAACUUGUGAUUAUUUUAUUUAUUUGCAAUAGAAGGCUAAAGAAAA